GCGCUUUCCCACUGCCUUAUCCGGGAUAAUUACGCCCAUAUGCUGGCUCGCUGCGCUGAAUGGGAGCCGGAAGGGGGGUCCGAUGUGAUCCGCCUCUGAGCCGGGAAUGUUGGUAGUUACAGAGGCAGAACGAUGUCUGUGUGAGGUUUGUAGCAUGGAACAACUCAACUCCACUGUGGUUACUUCUAACAUCUUAUCUUCUCCUGGAUAUCCACCUCCCAACUCCUGGGACUCCAGAGGUCUGGUCCCUGCUGUGAUGCUGUCCCUCUGCUUCCUGCUGGGAGUUCCCGGAAACAUCGCUGUGAUUAUCCUCAAACCAAACUGGCAGCACCUGUCCAGUGUGAGCCAGAGUUUGAUGCUGAAUUUGGCCAUUUCAGACCUGCUCUGCCUGCUCACCCUGCCAGUGUGGAUUUACACUUAUCUGUACAGCUGGACCCUCGGCCAGGUGGCCUGUAAGCUCCUAGCGUAUCUAGUGUACUGCAGCCUUUAUGGUAGCCUGCUGACUGUGACGGUGCUGAGUGUCCAGCGCUACCUACAGGUGGUGUACCUGCAGAAGUGCUCACAUCAGGUCGGGAGGAAGAGGCUGCUGGCUCUGCUCUGGCUGGUGUCGAUGAUCCUGUCCAUCCCUGCUUUAGUGGUUCGACACGUGAUCGAAGACCAGGACUGGACACAGUGCAAAUCUGACUAUUCUUCCCAGGCCCAGCAUGUAGCCGUGCUGCUGACAGAGUCCCUGCAGGAAGUUGUUUCAUUUUCUGUUGUUGCGUUUUCAUACAUCCGUCUCCAAAAAAAAAUGAACCAGGCAGCUUUCUUCAACAACCCACAGACGACCCGGCUAGUCGCAAGUAUAAUUGUGACCUUUUUUGUCCUAUGGAUGCCACAUCUUGUCAUAAAUGUGUUUGGUGUGGCAGCUUUUUCACUCAACAACAAGGGCCUGUUGAUGUUUUGUACAAACAGCUGGGACAUUGUUAGAGCGCUGGUAUUUGUGAAUAGCUGCCUUAAUCCACUCCUUUAUGCUUUUGCUUCUAGAAACAUGUGCACUGUACGCCAACAAAACUGAACCGCGAGUUCACCGUUCCAGGAAGUCUAAACAUUGACAUAGUAUGACCUAUAGUAGAGAGUGCAGAACCUAAACAAUAAAAAAUGCUUAGAAAAAAACACAUUUUUUGUGAAAAUUAAAAAAGGUAUUUUUGGUCAAAACAUCUCAUCUCUUCAGUGGACACACAGUUUGAGGGUGUGGUUCUCUCAUUUGUCACAGAGAGCUGUAGAUAAUUUUGGGUUUAAUGAUGACUAUUGAGGUUAAAAUUGGUCUUCAGCCAAAGAUGUAAAAAUAGAGGUUUGUUGAAAAUUUAUUAAAAAGUCAAAAUAUCGACAUGGAACUGAAAUUUUAUACGCCUCCAAGUGUCACUCUCAUGUGACAAAUAUGAUGAACAUUAUAUUGAAAAUAUAUAUACUACAUUUAGGGUGAAAGCAUGUGUGUGCAUCAUGUAUUUAAUUUUAAUUUGAGCAAAUAUGAGUAGUGCUCAACAUUUAUAGAUUGUUUAUUUUUACUUCUAUGGAGGUGUUGUGAAAAACUGUUUCCUGUGCAGGAAACAGAACAUGAGAAAAUGCAUCUGAUAAUGUAGUCUUGCAAAUCUAUGCAGCCGCAAUGGAACACGUCAUUAUUUCUUUUUUUGUUGUUCCUCUUUUGAAAGCAU